AUGACAGCCAAAGUCCAGCCGGCCUGCCAGCCCGUCCAGCGUGGCGUCCUGUCCUUCCUGACGCUCAUCCCGGCCAUUGAAGACCCCGAAAAGUACCCGGCCAGGCAGAAAUGGAUGCUGACGACGAUCAUCGCGUUGGGAGGGCUGAUGACUCCUCUGAGCAGCGGCAUUUUGUUUCCCGUCCUGAUCGAUAUCGCGGAUAGCUUCCACACCACCGAAUCCGUCGUGAACCUGUCCAUUGCCUUUUCCUCGCUGGCGGUGGCCAUCACUCCGCUGUGGUGGUCGUACCUGGCGGAAUCGCACGGCCGGCGCCUCGUCUACCUGGUCUCGUUCCUGUUGCUGGGCGUGUUCAACGUGCUGGCCGCCGUGAGCGUCAACAUCGGCAUGUUCAUCGCCAUGCGGCUGCUGGCCGGCGCCGCGGGGGCUUCCCUGCAGUCCGUCAGCGCGGGCACCAUCGCCGACCUGUUCAAGGCCGAGGAACGCGGCAAGGCCAUGGGUCUGUCCAUGCUGGGGAUCAUGUUGGGGCCGAUGAUCGCGCCGAUCAUAGGCGGCGCCCUGGUCACCCGCUGGACGUGGAAGAGCACGCAGUGGCUGCUCACCGUCUACGGCUUUGCGCUGUUCCUGGUGAUGCUCUUGUGCAUGCCCGAGACGGCCACCCGGAUGGACGAAGUGCGCCGUUGUCGCGCCGAGGAACGAGCCUCGCAGGGGCCCGUCAUGCAGCGGCUGGGCGUGGUGCUGAAGCCGCUCGACGCCCUGACGCUGCUGCGCUUUCCCGGAGUCUUCAUCACCGUCCUGUACACGGGCGUCGUCUUCGGCACCUACUACAUGCUGUACAUCUCGCUCGAGGACGUCUUCUCGCAGCCGCCGUAUGCGUGGAGCGCCGUGCUGGUCGGCGUCGCGUACGUGCCGGGCGGGUUGGGCCUCAUCGUGGCGGCCGUGCUGGGCGGCCGCUGGACGGACAGCAUCAUGAAGCGCGCGGCGGUCAAAGCUGGCCGCUACGACGACGAGGGCAACCUGGUCGUCCAUCCGGAAGACCGCAUCGGCGAGAACGUCCUCGUCGCCGCCAUUCUGUACCCGGGGGCGUUGCUGUGGUGGGGAUGGACGGUGCAAUACCACGAAUUCUGGCUUGUUCCGCUCGUUGCAAACUUUGUGUACGGCUUCGCCGGGAUGAUCGUCACCAACGUGACGAUGACGAUGCUGACCGAGUUCGUGCCCAGACGGUCGACGAUGGGCGUCGCCGUCAACAACCUCGUGCGCAACAGUCUGUCGUGCGUGGCGGCGGUGAUUGCGCAGCCCAUGAUCAGCAACAUGGGCAACGGAUGGACCUUUACUGCCGUCUGUGUCUUCUGCAUCCUCUGUGGCCUGCCGUUGAUCCUGCUGCGAAUGAAGCGUGAAGAGUGGCAUGCCAGGAUGGCUGCCGUGGUGAAUUGA